AUGGCCACAGCUCCUCCCCUAAAUGAAGAAGACAGUAUGAUCCGAAGCCCGCUUUUGGGUAUCAAUGGUCCUACAAGAAUACCGUCUCAUAAUCACAUGUCACAUUUCUUCAACUUCUUGUGCUGUAAAGUGUCAAAGAUUGUUGAUUUGAAUUCUUCUUCACUGGUCUCAAAAUCUACGAAGGUGUCAUUUCCAGUCAAUUUAAUGUACAUCCAUAACUGGAAUGCGCCCAGACAUUGGAUACGCAGAAACCCGGAGUUACCGUUCGUCUCAGCGAUUGUUGGUGGUCUGUUCCCUGGUCGUGCAAUCGUUGUCAGUGGUAUGGUGCUGCAAUCAUUCGCGAGCGAUAUGAAGAGGUUUUACAUUGAUUUAUGUUGCGGUUUACUGAUUCAAGGCGACCAUAUGGACAACAAAGCACUUCACUUCAACCCACGUUUUGACACAGGUGGUGGUUGGAUACUUGUGCUUGAAAACUACUUCAAGAUUGCUGUCAACGGCAAACACAUCUGUGAUUAUCCACAUCGAGUCCCUGUUGAAGAAGUCAAAACAAUUUAUAUAGGAGGAAACAUCCGUGUAGAUUUCAUCGAAUUUCAGCCACCUGUUCGACUGAACGAAGAUGGGCAACCUGUUGUCACUGAGAAGGAAAAACGAGAGGAAAGUAUUACGACUAUAGAUAGGCCAGUGAUUCCUUUCUCUUGGACUCUGCCUGCAGAACUGAACGGGUUUUGUAGCCCUCAGAGCGUACGAUUCACUCUCACUCCGUUCAUGAGCGCAAAACGGUUCAACUGCAACUUACGUGCCGGCAACGAGUAUCUGUUUCAUUUUCGAGUUGAUUUUCGAAACGCCAGUGAAAAAUACUCAAAGGAUGCUGUUAUUCGAAACAGCACUCGGAGCAUGAAAUGGUUGACAGAAGAAAGGGAGAUUUCCUCUUUUCCUUUUUCUAAAGGAAUCACUUGUGAUAUUCUUUUCAUCGCGUAUGGAACAACUGUGGCUGUUGACGUUGAUGGUGUGCAUUGCGUGAAGUUCAAAUACAGACCAGGUGAUGAUCCUACGCUCAUAGAUCGGGUUACUGUAGAAGGAGACUGCGUCCUUCAACGAUUUGUACAUCGAGUGUAG